AGAGUUGAUUCUCUCCUCUCACUUGAACUGUUAUGUCCUCAUUUUUUGAAUACAUUUAAAUUCACAUAGAUUCUGGCACGUAGAUGAGUAAUUACUUGUCAUCUAUCGUCUGUUUUAUCUGCAGAAUAUACUUUGGUCUAUACACAUUUAGUAUAUCUGAGCAAAUGAUCUUUGAUCAUCACGAGUUAAAAAACAACCUUCUUUGUAUCACGAUUUAUGAUAUUGAAAACCUCUUGUCUUUGUAUGAUAUUUACCAAUAAGUUAAGAUCAUAGCCUGCUUCCAUAAAGGAAUACUGUGUCUGUUUUCUUAGUCACUUGUUGCACUUGCACUCAUUUAUUGAUAGUAAAAUCAAUAAUUAAUUAAUUGGUGAGAUCUUGAGUAAUUUGUGCAAGGUCUACUCAUUGUGAUCUCAUUGCCUAUAUUUUAUUAUAUGAACUCCUUUUUAUAUUCUCACACAUAUUGUGAUCCAAAAAGACCAAUGUUAGUUGUAAAUGAAAUAAUAGCCGGAAGUGCAGUGUUAGUUGCUGGUGAUAAUAAUUGCAAGCAUGUUGUUGCUAUUGAAUCGAGAACUGUGUGAAGAACAUUGUGGAGUUAUGAAAUUUUUUUCAUCCAUCGACAUCUCUGACUUCUAGGUUCACUAUUUAGUUACCUAAAAAAAACAAGUGCAUAUAAUCUAUACCGUGUACCCUAUUUUUAGAAUUGAAACACCUCUCCAAUUGUCCCCUUUUCACAUGCACGGUAUGCAUUUUAUUUUAACUCUUUAGUGACCCAAAACAAUACCAAGAUAUUAAUACUCCAUUCAUAGUAUGGAAAGAUUGAGACUAGUGUUAUGUCCUAUCUAGGUAGUUGUCUGUAGCCCUUAAUCCAACGAACAAUUUUCCAAAAUUGAUGGUUUCUUAAUGAAUGCAUAACUGGCAAGAUGGGUACAAAGAAUAUAGCAGAGUGGUCAACCUCUGAUGUUGCAACAUGGUUGAGAGAAAAUGGGCAUGAACAUUUCGCAACUGCUUUUAAAGAAAAACAUCUGAUAGAUGGCAAAGCUCUUCUGACACUCACAGAAGAUGAUCUCAAGCCUGAAAUAAUGGACAUUGAUUGUCUUGGGCGCAUCAAAAGAUUAUCCAUUAGUAUUAAGCAAUUACAAAGAGACAACAUCACGACCUUGUAUGAGUUGGGACAGAUUGACUUAUUCCCAUCGAGUAAUUACUACAGUCACCAACGUCAUGAAAUACCCAGCAAUGGAGUUGCAACCAAUGAUGGGUCGAUUGAACACGAGUCUUAUUCAGCAUCUGUGUCAGAAGAUGGUCAAGCUUCUCAUUUACCAUCAGAAAUAUGGAAAACUUUUAUAAGCUUAGGAUACCUCUUCAUCGUUACUUGGAUAACCGCCUUUGUGAUGGUCAUUGUUCACGACCGUGUACCUGAUAUGAAAAAAUAUCCGCCCUUACCAGACAUAUUUUUAGACAAUGUCCCCCACAUACCAUGGGCUUUUGAUAUGUGUGAAGUAACAGGGACGCUACUCUUUGCUAUUUGGUUAAUAGUACUCAUCUUCCAUAGAUAUAGGUUCAUAUUACUUCGAAGAUUCUUUGCACUCUCCGGGACAGUCUUCCUUUUAAGAUGUGUCACAAUGCUCAUUACAUCUCUGUCGGUACCAGGAGCUCAUUUACAGUGUCAACCAAGAAAAGUACCAGAUGAAGAAUGGUCGAGCACUGCGUAUGGAGAGCUUUAUAACAAAGUGGCAAUGGCGUACGUGAUCUGGAGAGGCGCCGGUAUGUCCAUUCAAGGAGUACGUACAUGCGGCGAUUACAUGUUCAGCGGACACACCGUUGCACUUACCAUGUUGAAUUUCUUCAUAACUGAAUAUACUUCGAGGCAGUUGUACUUCCUCCACACAUUUACAUGGAUGCUCAACAUGUUUGGAAUAUUUUUUAUCUUGGCUGCGCACGAGCAUUAUUCCAUUGAUGUGUUUGUGGCAUUUUACAUAACUUCCAGACUGUUUCUGUACUAUCAUACCUUAGCCAACAACCAGGCUUUAAUGCAACGUGAUUCAAAUCGAACAAGAAUCUGGUUUCCGCUGUUUAGUUUCUUCGAAUCAUCUGUCGAUGGGAUCGUUCCGAAUGAAUAUGAAUCUCCUUCCCAAAUAGUUUGCAACCUAAUAUGCGCUGGAAAAGAUGCCUUUACCUUUUUCCAAUCCAACGUGUCGUUUCACAAGCCACAACAUUGCAACACAGCUGAUGGGGUUGACGGGAAAACUCGGGCCGGUGAUUCUAGUAAAAAAAAAAAACUUUAACGUUACGUCAUCGCUGACGAGGUUCAUCAGUCGUUAUUGAAAGAACUGCCGACGUCCGAAGAAGCAUCAUGCUUCGCAUGUAUAUUGCCGUUGAUACUGUGAUCGAGUAAACGCACGUCCGAUUUUCGGAUAACGCUUCCUAUAACAGUGUUAAAAAUGAGUGAUGAAAUUUCUGCAUGCAUAUCUACGGACCGCGUAACAUGUACCUUUGGAAUUGACCAAGUUUCAAUUUGAUGACACUAAAAUAAGUUGUAUGUAUUAUUAUUUAUUGUACGAAGAAGAGGUAUGUAUGUUUCGCACACAAAUACCAGUUCGAGCGGCAAUAUAUCUAGAACUGAUCAUUACAUUCCCGCUAAACGCUGAACGCUGUAAUAUUUCUCAUGUAGUUUUACAUUAUUCUAGUCUGAACUGAAAAUCAUGGUGCACUGGGUGAUUGAAUCGCUUCGUUGUGAAUUUAUGAAAAAUAUUUUUCGAGAUUUUCUAAUUGGCUUGGUCACAACAUUAUUUUUAUACAUCCAAACUAGGAAAGGGGGGGUAGGUAAAAGACAAAAUAUAAAAAUCGAUAAGAUAAAUCAUCAUAGGAAGCGGUCAUCGCCGAUGUUUCAUAAUAAAAUCUACUGCGAGCACUUCUCUCUUUUUAUACAUGAUAGAUAAAAAUUUUCUAAAGAUAUCUACAUUUAAUAUAUCGACGCUAUUACUGUUUACUUAUAAUGCUAUUAAACAAAAAAUAAUCUAUUAUACAUGAAUAUUGAUUAUAUUAGUUUAUCAUCUCAAGCUAAACUUAAGUCAGCACAACAUUGAAUUUAUUCUGCCAAUUAGUAUAGGCAGAGAUUACUUAGAAAAUAGAACACAAAGGUCAAUGAUUACAUUGAUCGAAGCUUCAUUCUACGGUUAUCAUUUUCUAAUACUCACUUGUUAUACAUUCAUAAAAAUUUAUUCGUAUUUCGUGUCACCGUAUUUUCAAAAACGGUAAACUAUAUUCGUUACGAUACUAACAAUAAGAACAACAGGUAUGAAAUCUCGCGCCAGUGAUCGAACCCUGCUUUAAAUUUCAGCUCAACUGAUUCCUUCUCUCGAUCAAAAUUAAUUUGAUAUGUAACAGUCCCCAAAUUGACAUGCGAUAUAUUUAUCAUAAACGAAAAAUUAAAUCAAACUGUUCAUACGUUACUAGAUUAUUGUCUAGACGCGCUGUUUCGUCAGCUUUGAUGAUUGUAAUCAUUUUUUCCUCCAUCGAAAAAUAUAUACUACCGCCGAUCCUAUCAUUUUUAUAACUAAAUGCAACAAUAACUUAUUUCGCACAGCUUUUGAAACUGUCACGAAGGAGAGGAAGACUGUUAAAAACAAAUAAAACAAAUUAAUGAAGAAGAAGAAGAAGAACGAUGAAAUAAAGUUAUCGAAAUUAUACAACA